UAUAAGAUGAGAGCGAUGGACUUGUUGUGACAUUACCCUUGACUAGCUUCGAUCAGGCAACAAAUCAAACACCUUAUCGAUGAAAACAAGUGUCUGAUCAAGAUUUACACGCUAUACGAUGGCUGAUUUGUUCGGCAUGGGCGAGAAAAUCGAGGAUUAUCAGGUUUUGAAUCUCCUGGGGAAAGGUGGAUUUGCCUGUGUGUACCGAGCAAUUUCCAAUAAGACAGGACAAGAAGUAGGAAUUAAAAUGAUUGACAAGAAACUAAUGAAAGCUGCUGGAAUGGUUGCUAGAGUGAAAAAAGAAGUAGAAAUUCAUUCCAGAUUAAAGCACCCUUCAAUAUUAGAGCUGUAUAAUUACUUUGAGGAUAGCCAUUAUGUGUACUUGGUUCUGGAGUUAGGUCACAAUGGGGAACUGCACAGAUAUUUGAAGAAUAACUGUAAAGUGCUAACUGAGGAUGAGGCUCGCCAUUUCAUGAAGCAAAUUGUCCAGGGAUUACUUUACCUUCAUUCACACGGCAUUCUUCACAGAGACCUGACUUUGGCUAAUCUGUUACUUACUCGAGAUAUGAAUGUCAAAAUAGCAGACUUUGGUCUGGCUACUCAACUCAGCGUACCAGAUGAGAAACACUUCACCAUGUGUGGCACACCAAACUAUAUUUCACCUGAAGUGGCCAUGAGGACAGCUCAUGGUCUGGAGGCAGAUGUCUGGUCCCUAGGCUGUAUGCUAUACACCUUCCUGGUGGGGAAACCCCCUUUUGAUACAGAUGCUGUGAAGAGCACCUUGAACCGAGUGAUAUCAGCAGAGUAUGAGUUACCAGAUCACCUUUCACCAGAGGCAAAAGAUCUUAUCCAGUCAUUACUGAAGAAAAAUCCCAAGGAACGUCUUUCUUUGGGAGGCUUUAUGGACCAUCCUUUCAUGACCAAAGAAGUAGAUUUUAAAAAUAAUUCAAAUCAGCAUUCUGUGGAGGCUUCCAUGGACAGUGGGAGGGGCACGAUGGCCACAACAACAUCAUCAUCCAGAGUGACCACUUACAGCAAACCUCAGCCUGUCAUGGCAUUCCCCUUUAAAGACUGGCAGAAUCAACUUCCGGUGAAGAAAGACACAGAUCACACAGGGAGCUCAAAUGGAUCAUGUGAAUUCAAUGUGUUUCACAAGCGAGUGAAGCCCCCCAGCCCUCACACUCACCGCACAGGCCGACAACCUCCGUCUCCACCGGUCAGACUGCGAGACAGUGAGACAACUGAACUGAAGAGACACAUAUCAAGAUCCACAGGUCAGUUGCAUAAGGAGGGCCUGACUGACCCCACCCAGCCAAGAUCACAGGCCCCACACCGAUGCUUCCAGAGACGCCCUGCUUCGGCAGAUUACAGACUCAGAAAACCCAGUGUAGAUGCCACCCAUGCCCAGCCGACCCAUGCUGCCGAGUUUGACCCCUCUAAGUACCAGGAUGGGUCACAUACCCCCAGCUCUUCUGGAUGGUCGUGUGGAUCGUAUCAGAGUGGUCACCACCACAUGAGGACGAGUCCUGCUCACAGGGCUGCCUCCGAUACCAGCAGCUCCAAACAUUACUCAGGAGUCUCCUCCCAGGACAGUGAUGAAUAUUGCCUUGAACCAACCAAACGCGUGCUCCAGUUCAACCCAGAGUUGUCUCCCCCGAUGAGAGAUUGUCACCAAAACCACUGGAGUCAGAGGUCAGACUCUGCUCCCUCAGAAUCUGGCAGCAUUAGUUCUCAUGGGGAAUUUACCCACACACAUCCACAUGCUGCUAACCACCACUACCCAGAUACACGGCACAAUCUCUAUCAGCAAGCCUUCCAGCACCAGACCAGUGUGGAUGACACCCGCUCACAGAGCGACACAUCUAAGGGCUCUGACACUCUCAGUGCCUCGGAAUCCAAUCCUCAGUUUUUACAGACAUGGCCCCGCUCCACAGAGGCCUGUGGACAGUUUAACCCUAAUCAUUGGCAGACACAAAAUAGGAGCCCAACCAAAACUUGCCAGUCCUUACAUGAGAAUUCAGCGGUGAAAGAGGUACAGGAGGUCCGCCAGGCACAAGCAGCUUGUGUCAGCAGUGGAAUUCGCAAGGUUGUCUCCCCUGUUGAGUCGGUGCGGUUACGUCCCAUUCGACAGAGAACAAGAAAUGCCAUUGUGAACAUCAUGGAGAAUGGUGAAAUUUGCCUUGAGUUCCUGCGAGUGAAGGAUAAAGAGGAGCGGGUUAUUGAAGUGUUUCAUAUCUCAUCUGAUGGCUUACAGGUGGCUGUAUUUCAGCCUGGUUCAAGUCGGGGAGUUGUUGUUGGUGACAAACCAAUUCCUGUCUCUCCAAACUGUAAAAGGUUCACGUUUGACAAUCUCCCACAAAAGUACUGGAAGAAAUACCAGUAUGCAGCAAGAUUUGUGAGCCUGGUAAAGUCAAAGACUCCCAAAGUGACAUUGUACACCAAACGAGCCAAGUGUAUGUUGAUGGAAAAUACACCUGACGCAGACUUUGAGGCAGUGUUUUAUGAUGGUGCCAAAGUGAGUGCUAAUUCCAAACACAUUCGCAUCAUCGAAAAGACUGGAACCUCAUUGGUUUUGGAAAGUGAACAAAAUCAACAGCAUUUAACUGAAAAUACCAAAAGUAUGUUGGACUACGUUAAAAAGUGUCAGAAGCAGUGUACAGACCUAGAGGCAGUUCUCACCACCACACAGGCACAUUGUGUUCUCAAGGAACAGAUGUUCCCCAUAAUAAUUGGAAGGCGACCAAGCUCUGUGUCAUUAAGCCCCACCAAAACUGGAUGCAGCGUUCCUCAGAGCUCACCCACAGUUGUUACAUCUCCUAAUCCACCCACGAUGUCCUCCUUUGAUGGGACGGUGUUAUCGGCCGCGUCGUGCAGAACAGCUGGUCAGUCAUCAGUAUCAAGUCAGAGCUCCCAAGCCUCCAAACGAGAUCUCACUAGGCAGGUCUAUGUCAACAACAUAGGCUGGGCUGUACAGCAACCAAAUGGUGAAAUCUGGGUGCGGUUUAACGAUGGUACGCAGAUCGGUGUGAAAUCCUCAGUGACCUGUAUCAAGUAUGUGGAUCAGCAAGGAAACCUUCACAGGUUUCAAGAAACAGAUAUGUUACCAGAGACAGUGAAGAGAAAGUUGGAGAAAUUACCAGUUGUCCUGGAACAUUUGCUGUCUGUGGGAGCCAUAAGAAACAGUUCUCAGUAGUUAUUCUCAACUCUCUUGUAUAAGUCAAUUCAUAAUUGACUCAAAGGGCAGCUAUUUUGCUAUCUGUGAUAUUUUCAAAGUGUAGUUAGACUUUUACGAAAUUAGCAUCAAUACAAGUUCCUAUUCACUUUUGUUCAGAUGAGUAUUAUUUACAGCUAGUGCUUUAACCAGUAAUUUUGCACAGAAUGUAAUAUAUAUUUUAAUUCAAAAAUAUUUUCACCUUGUACAUUUGUAAAAAUCAUAAAGUACUAAAUUUUUAAGAUGAUUAAUUUUUGAGAAGUUUUAAUUUUCAAAUUUUUAAAAAAUUCCAUUUCUAUCUCAUUGUUUCCUCUCACUUCAUCUCUCACAUCAUUCUACUGAUAAUUGGACACCUAUUUUUAAUGGCAUAAGGCAUGCUUUUUUUAUAAACUAUUUCUCCCAUUUUCAUUCAACUUGGGCAUUAUUGAGUUUUCAGUCAUGUAUUAAGGCAAUUUGGUGCAAGAGAAUGGCCUGCAUUUUAUUUGUUUUUGUCUGACUUUAUCCAGCUGAUCCCAGUUAACAGCUCCUUCCAGAUGUUAUUUUCAUGUAUUUCAUCUUACUUUCGUCAGCAUCAUCAAUUUCGGAGGAAGGAGCUGAUUAUAGCUGAAACGUGUAGUCAUUUACAUAAUUUACACUAUGAAGAUUUUUGAACAUAUAUUGAUGUUAUGUGAAAAUUUAUUUAGCUAGACGGAUAGCUAUUGUUUUACCUUUGAACUACACUGAAAAUGCUCAAA